GCGCAUGCGGCCCCACGCCGCAGCCGAUCCCGCCCGCCGCACCACGCACCCUAGCAGUCAGUGGGUGAGCUGGGCUGGGCGUCGCGGAGGUCACCGUGGGGAGGCGGGGCGGGGGCAGCAUGGCAGCCUCCUUACGGCUCCGUGGAGCCGCCUCCGGCCUCCGGUACUGGAGCCGCCGGCAGCAACCGGCAGUGGCCAGCCUUGCAGCGGUGUGUUCUAGGUCAAUGGCUUCUAAGACUCCAGUUGGAUUCAUUGGAGUAGGCAACAUGGGGAAUCCAAUGGCAAAAAAUCUCAUGAAACAUGGCUAUCCACUCAUUAUAUAUGAUGUGUUCCCUGAUGCAUGCAAAGAGUUUCUAGAUGCAGGUGAACAGGUAGUGUCUUCCCCAGCAGAUGUAGCUGAAAAAGCUGACAGAAUUAUUACAAUGUUGCCCACCAGCAUCAAUGCAAUAGAAGCUUAUUCUGGAGCAAAUGGAAUUCUAAAAAAAGUGAAGAAAGGCUCACUAUUAAUAGAUUCCAGUACUAUUGAUCCUAUGGUUUCGAAAGAAUUGGCCAAAGAAGUUGAGAAAAUGGGAGCAGUUUUCAUGGAUGCCCCUGUUUCUGGUGGUGUGGGAGCUGCUCGGUCUGGGAACCUCACGUUUAUGGUGGGCGGAGUCGAAGAAGAAUUUGCUGCUGCCCAAGAGCUUCUGGGGUGCAUGGGCUCCAAUGUGGUGCAUUGUGGAGCCGUCGGGACUGGGCAGGCUGCGAAGAUCUGCAACAACUUGCUGUUAGCUAUUAGUAUGAUUGGAACUGCUGAAGCUAUGAAUCUGGGAAUCAGGUUAGGGCUUGACCCAAAACUCUUGGCUAAAAUCCUAAAUAUGAGCUCAGGACGAUGUUGGUCAAGUGACACCUAUAAUCCUGUACCUGGGGUGAUGGAUGGAGUUCCCUCGGCUAAUAACUAUCAGGGUGGAUUCGGAACAACACUCAUGGCUAAGGAUCUGGGAUUAGCACAAGACUCUGCUACCAGCACGAAGAGCCCAAUCCUUCUGGGCAGUCAGGCCCAUCAGAUCUACAGGGUGAUGUGUGCGAAGGGCUACUCCAAAAAAGACUUCUCAUCCGUGUUCCAGUUUCUACGAGAGGAGGAGACGUUCUGAGUUUGUGCUUUGGCUGUGGACACUGUUGGGAACCAAACUCUGUCUUGGAGCCUCUUAUUAUAGCUCACUCCACAAGUAAAUGGGCUUAAUCAAAGGUCACCUGUCUGCUUUUGUUUGUCUAGUUCACAGUAAACCCUGGGAUUUUUCACCCAUUUUUAACUGCUUAUUCUUUUUUUAGUUUGUUUUGGUUUUUUUUUUUUUUUUUGCUGUACGCGGGCCUCUCACUGUUGUGGCCUCUCCCGUUGCGGAGCACAGGCUCCGGACGCGCAGGCUCAGCGGCCAUGGCUCACGGGCCCAGCCGCUCCGUGGCAUGUGGGAUCUUCCCGGACCGGGGCACGAACCCGUGUUCCCUGCAUCGGCAGGCGGACUCUCAACCACUGCGCAACCAGGGAAGUCCUGCUUAUUCUUUUUAUCUAUUUAGCAAACACGUAUUAUCUGAUUUUUUUUUUCCUGCAAGCCACUGAUGGUCUCUGCUAGCUAGCUGAUUGACCUUUUUCAAAAGUUUGAUUCCUGAGCAUCAUUAGCCUACUUCAAUCAGGAUAUUAUUUACUCCACUUUACAAAUAAAACCAAAUUUUUUUCCACAGGAUAAAACCUCUCCUGGAGGAAAGAAAAGAAAUCGGUGUGAGGAAAGGAGUUAGAGAAAGGGGAAGUAUAGUGAAUUACUCCCUGUGUCCCUCAGAAAGUUUGUCCUGUUAACCCAAUGGUGGUAUUUUUGCAUUCUGAAGUUACCGGUUUAUUUUCCAGGACUUGAUAAAGCAAGAGAACUCCUUGCUGCAUGCUGCGUAAUUUGGACUCUGUUACAUUACCUUGGUGUGCCCCUCUUGUAACAACUCCCAAUACUCAGCAAACUUAUUUUUUAUAUUUUUGCUUCCUUGUACAUUCUUACUACAUAUUUUUUGACUUCAAAAGAAUGACAUCUUUAGAACUGUUUCAGAGCCUACGAUGAUAUGUGCUAUAGAUAAUUAUUAUAUUAUCCUAAAUAUAACCAUAUUAUUUUGAAUUCAAAUAAAUUUCUAUGCUGAUAAUA